AGCCCAGCUUCAGCGCAACCGACGAUCCCAUACCGACUUCAACGGACGAAGGUUGGGGAAGCGAUGAGAAUGGUGGAACGAGAGUCUGCAAUCAUCGACUCGAUCACGUCCCGGUUGGAACGACUUAACACCACUCUCUGAUCUGCGGGAGUAAUGCUUAGAUGAAAACUUGGAGACAUUAUCGUUGUUCUAUACCUCUUUUUGAUGCGCGAGGACUGUUCCAUCCGACAAAAAGAUAUUGAAUCUCACCCAAAGAUAUUUCAAUUCGUUUACUAUAAUAUAAAAGGGGGGAUAGGACAAAGGACGUAGCAGAACCCAGGACCUACCCAAUAAUCAUGGUUCGGGACUGUUAUUUCCGUCCCUGUUUAUCAUCAUCAAGCCCAUCAUACGGAGGCGGCGGCGGCGGCGGCAGCGGGGGACAAUUCCCGCGGCGCGCAUUCCCGCCCUGCUGCUGCUGCUGCUGCUGCAGCACCUUCCCGUGCCCGUGCCCGUGCCCGUGCCCAUACCGGCCCGUCCUCGACUUCACCCAGUCCUUAAAGUCAUACAUGAGCAGUCCCUCCCGCUCCCACACCCCAGCGGCGUAGGUUUUGGGCCCCCCCGCCGGCCUGUUGUUCAGAGUCUCGUAGGUGACGUCGUCGUCGGCGGCGGCGGCGGCGGCGGCCGCAUCCGACUCGUACACCGCCCCGUCCGAGUACACCUCCACGGGCUCCUCCUCCAGCCGCGCGCACUCCUCGCACGGUCCGUCCACCGCGCCGAUCCGCUCCACCACGAUCCCCGGACACGCCUCGCGCUCCGGGGUGCUGGCCGGGUUGCGGUGGGACUCCGGGCAUCGCGUCGUGCGUUCGUCGUAGACGCAGCCGCAUUUGUAGGUGCGGAUUGUUGAGGUGCACAUUUUUUUUUCUGGCUUUACCUUGGAACAACUUGGGGGAUUUUGGGGGAUGGGUGGUAGUAGUACCUAGACCUUUACCUAUUUCGGAGAAGG